AUGUCUGACAUCGGUAACCUUUCCAAUAAAGUUGCUCUCAUCACUGGUGCCAGCUCCGGUGUGGGAAGGGCAGUGGCAGAAGCGUAUGCGUCUGCCGGCGCGUAUAUUGUUGUGGCAGACUUGACCCCAAAUCCACCACAUGCACCUGUCUAUGCGGAAACCAUGAGGGAGGCGGGCAUAGACAAGGUCACGCCAACUGUCGACUUGAUCAAUCAGAAUUAUGCUUCCACACGAUCCCCACCCCGGGCAGUGUUCGUGCAAUGUGAUGUCGCCAACUCAGACUCUGUCAAGGAUGCUGUGGCAUCUGCGGUCAAACAUUACGGCCGCCUCGACAUCAUGGUCAACAAUGCCGGGAUAUCUUCCGUGUUCAAAUCCAAGUCUUUCUUGAGCGGACAACUUGGCAAGCCCCACCAAAUAGACGACGGCGUUCUCGAGAAAGAUUUGGCCGUUAACGUGCGGGGCGUUUUCCUGGGGAUCAAACACGCAGCGGCACAAUUUUUGGAGCAAACACCUCACUCUUCUGGCGAUAGAGGCUGGAUCAUAAACACGUGCAGCGUGAAUGGGAUGGUCGGUUCGCCUGGUUCGGUGUCAUAUUGUGGUUCCAAGGGAGCGGUCCUCAUGAUGACGAGAGCUACGGCUCUGGACUACGCGGCGGACAAAAUACAUAUCAAUUGUGUGGUGCCUUGUUGGGUAAAGACAGCGAUGCUGGAGCCAGUCUUCGGCGGAGGAAAAUCGCAAGCUAAUUCACAGACAGAGAAGAUUGGUGGUAUGCCUCCCUGGGGAAGAAUGGCGUAUCCGGAGGAAAUUGCAAAAAUGUAUGUCUUUUUGGGAGGACCAGGUGCAUCGUUCUGUACAGGUCAAGCAUUUGUAGUUGAUGGAGGAUAUACUGCGCAGUAG